AAAAAUCAGUGUUCAACUCAACUCGUGAAUUAUCCUAAGGUCACGCUAAAUUUUUAUAAACCCUAAGGGCAAAUGAAGAAAUGAUCUCAACCGUGAUCUCAACCAAGGGUGACCAAGGAAAGGAACAAAGUACUCCAGCGCCAAGCUGUCAGUUUUGAUAGAUAUUUGCACAAAUCAAAGUCAAAAAUUGUUUGGAAUAAAAUAAUUGGGCGUGGUUAAAUAAACUAAUUAUUUCAAGUAAACAAAAUUACAACAAAUUUUAAGAAACAAAGUAAUUAACAAUGAGAUUUAAUCAUAAUCAAAAUUAACUCAGAUACAACAGUGAGGUUAUGUUCCCAGUCCAAGAAAUCAGUAUUAACAUGAAGGAAGACAUUGAAUAAAUAGGAAGAUGGUUCCAAAUAUUAAUAGUGAAUUUAGAACAUUUUGGUAAUAUGUCACGACUGGCCGAUUACUUCGUUGUAGUGGGAUACGACCACGAAAAAGAAAGAAGUGGCAUUAGUAAUGGUUUAAUUUUACAAAGAUUUCCUGAAAAGGAUUGGUCAGACACUCCCUUUAUUGAAGGAAUAGAAUGGUUUUGCCAGCCUCAGGGAUGGGUAUUAUCAUCGGAAAAACAAGAACCGAAGUUCUUCGUAUCUGUACUUACAGAUAUAGACGCAAACAGGCACUACUGCGCUUGUUUGUGUUUUAAUGAGACUGUUUCCAUUACACCGAGCAAGCCAGUCGAUGAGGAGGAAGAUGCAGUAGAAGGAGAAUCUCCAUUAGUUAGAGCAAUUCCGGCAAUUUCCCAUCAUAGUAUAAUGUAUGCACCAAAGUGUUUGGUGCUUGUGUCAAGAUUAGAUUAUAUAGAAACAUUUAGGAACUGCCUGGGAAUAAUUUAUUCCGUUUACAUAGAAAAUAUGCCAGUGCCACUUGAAACUUUAGUAGGAAAUAUAUUAGGCUGUAUUCAAGUUCCGCCGCCUGGUGGGCCCCAAGUUAGAUUCAGUAUAGGAGCAGGAGACCGCCAAGCUUUACAACCUCCUCUAUCGCAGUCUCUUCCUGUAACUCACUCUUCCGUGAGUUUACUGUUUCAGCAACUGGGCAUUAGCAACGUACUCAAACUGUUCUGUGCGAUAAUGACUGAGCACAAGAUACUGUUUCACUCGAAGAGUUAUAAUAGGUUAACUGAAGCUUGUAGGGCUCUUAUAGCAUUGAUGUAUCCGUUUCGUUAUACUCAUGUAUAUAUACCGUUAUUGCCAGCUCCGUUGGUGGAAGUUUUGUCUACGCCCACGCCGUUUAUAAUGGGGGUUCAUUCAUCGCUGAAGUCAGAAGUAGCUGAAAUGAUGGACGUGAUAGUAGCAGAUCUCGACGGAGGAUCCAUCACCAUUCCAGAUGGAGUCUCUCUUCCGCUUCUUCCAGAACCAUUACUCAGCACAACGCAAGAAGCACUCAGUAUGAUAUUACAACCAGAACUAACAUUCGCAGACCACGCCUUUCCACCGUUAUCAGUUCGCGCUCCUCAGUGUAUCAUGUUAGAUAAAGAAAUUCGCGCUAUUUUUAUGAGGACGUUCGCUCAGUUACUACAAGGGUACCGUAGUUGUCUCACAAUCAUUCGAAUUCAUCCAAAACCAGUUAUAACGUUCCAUAAAGCUGCUUAUUUAGGUGAACAUAAUUUAAAAGACUGUGAUUUUACAACGAGAGUUUUGGAUUGUAUGUUUUUUACUAGUUUUGUUUCUGAACGAGGACCACCGUGGAGGCCGUGUGAUAUUUGGGACGAGCUGUAUAGCAACCUUAAUGAAUUAUUGAAGACUGAAGUACAAGAUUCUCGGUUGGUCCUCAUUCAUAUUCAGGAACUAGCCACUCAAUUAUACACCAAUGAGAUUCCUAACCCGCAAUCGUACGCUCAGAAGAUUUUGGUUCCACCUGAAGGAGCCUUUGCGAGGAUUCAUCAGCCACAUUUUCCAACCAUUCAGGGAGAAAAAGUGCAGGUUAUUAUUGACGAUGGGCUUUCAAAAAAUAAUAUAAAAUCCAGAUUAUCAUCUUUAAGGCCAAUACAACCUAGAAUUGUACCUAUGGGACCAAACAUAUCAAGUAUCAGCGAUAAUAAAAAUAUUAUUAGUAAUUCUGCAAGGAGAUUAGAGGUACUGAGAAAUUGCAUCAACUUUAUUUUUGAAAACAAAAUAUCCGAUGCAAGAAAGAGUUUCCCUGCCGUUUUGAGAGCUCUUCAAUCCAAACAAGCUCGGUUAGCGUUCUGCGAUGAACUCUCCCACCAUGUGAGCGGAACCAAAGCGAUGCUCGAACAUCAGCAAUUCGAUCUGGUCAUUCGUUUAAUGAAUUGCGCCCUUCAAGAUGACUCUUCAAUGGACGAACACGGAGUCGCUGCUGCACUACUACCGCUGUCGACGAUUAUCUGCAGGAAAUUGUGCACGGGAAUUAUUCAGUUCGCGUAUACUUGUAUACAAGAGCAUAGCGUGUGGAAUAAUCAACAGUUUUGGGAAGCUGCAUUUUACCAGGAUGUCCAGAAAGAUAUUAAAGCAUUAUACGCAUCUCGAAUUGACACAACAGCACCUUUUUCGGACAGCGAACUUCUCAGUCCGACUUCUAGAGAUAAAGAUAGUCUAUGGCAUCGAAGAUCCAUCUUUAAUCCUGCCCAAGAACCGACAACGCUGGAAAUAGCUGCUGAACAGAUGCGCAUUUGGGCUUCCAUAGAGAGCGUUAAACAGAUGGAACUGAUAACGUGCGAAGAAAACAUAAUGUACAGUCAAGCCAUACAUUACGCUAAUAGAAUGGUGUAUUUGUUAAUUCCACUGGACAUGGGCCAUAAGAUGAGUAAGCACGAUCUGCUAGAUGACGAACGAAUAAGCAACAGCAUCGCAAACAGCUUUGCUGAGAGUGAUAGCAUAGACGCAGAAUCAGGUUUUGAAGAUCAAGAUCCCGGUGAGACUGGCAAUUCGGUCAUACGGAGUGUGUCACGUUUUAUUGAUAAAGUUUGUAACGAAGGCGGAGUAACUAGAGAGCAUAUUCGUAAUUUGCAUCAAAUGAUACCCGGGGUAGUCCACAUGCAUAUUGAGACCUUGGAGGCUGUUCAUAGAGAAUCAAAGAGGUUGCCUCCCAUACAGAAACCCAAGAUAUUGACACCAAGCAUGCUAGUUGGAGAAGAAACGAUAAUGGAGGGUCUGAGAGUGUAUCUUCUUCCUGACGGUAGAGAAGAAAGCGGUACAGGACUACUCGGUGGACCACCUUUACUACCAGCUGAAGGUGCCAUAUUCCUCACAAACUACCGUAUUAUCUUCAAAGGAAUUCCAUGUGAUUCAUUUGCUUGUGAACAGAUCGUGGUACGUUCUUUCCCAGUGACGUCGUUAACCAAAGAAAAGAAAGUAGCUGUACAGUAUUUAGCUCAUCUUGACCAGUGGCUACAGGAAGGAUUGCAGUUGCGUUCGUGUACCUUCCAGUUAAUGAAAUUUGCAUUUGACGAAGAAGUUACAGCAGAAAAUGUAGAUACACUUCGAAAGUUGAUACACAAAGUCAGACAUCCUCCAGAUAUAUUCCAUCAUUUUGCUUUUACGGGACAAGUGGUCGUUACGCAGACACCAUUGCACAAAAAUAAAGAGAAAAACGCAACACUGAAAGGUUUUGCCAAGAAGACACUUCUCAAAACUGCGCGGAAAGCCGGAUUCAAACAAAAAUCUUCAUCAAAACGACAAAAAUACGUACUGCCAAACAUGACCAACGGCAACAAAUAUAUGACAUCCCCUGGUAGAAUGAGUCUCCCACUUGCCGAUAACUAUAACCUAGAUGACAACGGUUCAAUGGACGGCUUCGAAACUGGUCAACCGAACAUAACGUCAACUCCCACAGAUGCCAAAACGUUGGAAAGAUUACAAGAGCGUAGUUAUGUUAGAGAUUGGCAGCGAUUGGGUAUAUGUAAUAAUGGUGGUUCUGCUAACAAUAAAGUGGCUGAACAGUUUAGAAUAACUUCUGUUAAUUAUUUGUAUAUGGUAUGUAGAAGUUAUCCCGCGUUACUAGUGGUACCUGCAUCUGUUACUGAUGAAAGCAUUCGAAGAUUCUGUCGAUGUUACCGUCAAGGUCGCAUUCCUAGCAUUACUUGGCGUCAUCCACGAACCAAAGCGUUACUGCUCAGAGGGGCUGGUCAUCAUGGUAAAAGUGUUAUGGGUAUGUUGAAGAGUCACCCAACACCGGCUGCAUCUACAGAAACAACGUCUUCAUUUGAACAGGAAAAAUACCUUUCUGCGAUUGUUUGCGCAACACCUACAUUUUCGCAUAGAUCAUGGGGCAUGUCAGACAGUUCGUUGAGUAUCGAUUCUCUUCUCUUAGCUGCUGACGAUCCACUAGCUUGUGCGACAAUGACGCCUGAAGUUGCGAGGAGAUCGAAUGCUUUCAACAAAACCAUUGGAACUUUGGGAGCGUUCCCUCGUUCGUCCGGUGGCAAAGGACCGAAGAAUUUUGGCCGAUGGGGCUCUCUGAAAGAUCGCCGCCAACCCUCUCAAGCUUCACUAGCUCCUGGCCAAUCUGGAAAGGUAAACUUACGGCACAGUGCUGACGUCGAAGCUGGUGUGGACGGAGUUCAUACAUUGCAAAAAGCUGCUCUCUAUAUUCUCGGUGAAAAAGCUCAAAUGAAAGGCAUAAAGAUUGAGUCGGCGCCGAAAACUGAAUUUAUUCCAGUUGAAUAUUAUGAUAUUAGACAUACCAAAACGGCGUUUAAGAAGUUAAUGCGCGCGUGUAUUCCUAGUUCUCAAAAUGCUGAGCCUGAACAUAGUUUUCAUAGGUUAAUUGAAAACUCCGAAUGGUUACAACAGAUCCAGAACAUUAUGCAACUUUCUGGAGCUGUAGUAGAUCUGCUGGACCUUCAAGGUUCUUCAGUGGCAAUUUGUCUGGAAGAAGGAUGUGAUAUAACCGCACAAGUCUCAUCAAUAGCUCAAAUAUGUUUAGAUCCUCAGUAUCGCACAAUGGAAGGCUUCCGGGUAUUGGUCGAAAAAGAAUGGAUAGGUUUCGGUCAUAGAUUUAGCCAUAGAAGUAAUUUAAACGCUAAUUCCCAAACUGGUGGAUUUGCACCGACGUUUCUUCAGUUCCUCGAUGUCGUUCAUCAGAUCCAAAAGCAGUAUCCGUUGGCUUUUGAAUUUAGUGACUAUUAUUUAAAGUUUCUCGCCUACCACUCAGUAUCUUGUAGAUUUAGAACUUUCCUUUUUGACUGUGAAUUAGAACGGGUUGAAAGUGGUGUUGCUGCCGUUGAAGAUAAGCGUGGUUCCUUAACCUCACAUCAUAAAAGUGUUGACACUGUUUCUGACGACGAGAACAUCUAUCCUGGCGGAAGAAUGGCAUCUUCUCCUCAAGGGUGUAAUUUAGGACAAAGCGUUUUCGAUUAUAUUGACAAAAAUCAUGCAAGAAAUCCAAGAUUUUUCAACUUCAUGUAUACUCCGGAUUUUGAACACCCGGUUCUAAGACCACAGUCAUACCUGCCGUGUUUAGAAAUUUGGAAUUAUUAUUUGGACGAAGAUUUACGAUAUGGACCAAGUUAUGAUCCGGAAACUAUUCAAAUGGAUUAUCAACAAGAAGAAGAAGCUGAAGCAGCUGAUGGAAUUUCGCAAUCUAGAAAAAUUGUUUCUUUUGGCUAUGAUAAUGUCCACAAGUCAGUUCCAGAUGCGUUUAGUCAUCUUCUGGAAGAAAUACAUAAAUUAGAAUCAGAGUUGGGUCACUUGCCACAAAAAUGGAGGGUUUUGUGGGAUAAACUUGAAAUACCACUAACUGAUUCUCUUACACGCCAUGCUUCCUUUAGCACUGCCCUAGUAAGAUCCCAUGGUAGAUUAGUUCAUAAAAGAUCCACGUUGGAGAUACUAAUGAGAGGUAAAAUGGUUGGAGCAACGGAGACCUCUCUUAUUUAUUCUCAUCCGCACAGAUUUGAACGAUAUAACUGCACAACUCCGACGUACUGUGACCUUUGCUCAAAUUUGCUUUGGGGUCCUGUUAAGACUGGUAUGCGAUGUAUCGACUGUGGCUAUAGUUGUCACGAAAAAUGCAUGGAGAGUGUUCCUAAAAACUGUACCAAAUAUAAGUCUGUUGCGGACAGCACGACAUCGCACACUCCUGGAAAUACGGGUGACAGCGCUUCUGUUAGUUCAGGAAGCGCUAGACAAACAUCUAGUCAACAAUACUACGAUCAGUUCUCAUCAAAUGUGGCUGAAGACAGAACUCACGAAGGAUAUCUUUACAAACGAGGUGCUUUGCUCAAAGGAUGGAAACAACGCUGGUUUGUACUGGAUUCGAUCAAACAUCAGCUGAGAUACUACGACGCUAUGGAAGAUUCCCAUUGUAAAGGUUACAUAGAUCUGGCUGAAGUGAUAUCAGUAAAUCCAGCACCACCAGCGCCUGGUCCUCCGAAAAAGACAGAUGAUAAGUCUUUCUUUGAUUUACGUACUAGUCGCCGAACGUACAAUUUUUGUGCUACAGAUGCUACAUCCGCACAAGAAUGGAUUGAAAAGCUCCAGGCAUGUCUCUAGAUGACGCGAUCCAAAGUUAUAAAAUUUCCAAUUUGUUUUGUUUUAUAAUUUUAAGUUAUAAAUGUUUGUUAUUUAAAAAUACUAUUACUUAUAUUAUUUAUCAUAUAUAUGUAUUGUUGUUCAUACUUAGUUUAAAAAUAUUUAAAUCGGUACAAUGCUAUAUAUACAUACUUUUAUUUUUUUAUUAAACACGAUAAUAAUUAUUUACCUAUUAAGCCUGAUAUUUUUUGUUAUUUUUAGAAAUACUGAAUAUAUGGAACAGUAACUGCUCA